AUGUCGUAUUACGAUCUAGAUGAUAUUAUAAGUGAUGGUCAAGUGAGUUGUUCCCUGAUUGCUAAAGAUACAAAAUUAGAAUUGCCAAUAUGGAUAGCUGAAAUUUUAGCAAUCUGUAGUGUAUCAGAUGAUUCAUCAUCAUUUUUCAUAGAGAUGAUACAACCUGAAGCAAUUGGUUCAAAAGUUAUGAAUGCUAUUAAAACAAGUCCCACAAGUAUUGAUAUUCAUUCAAUUUCACAACAUUAUUACUCAUUAGUGGAAAAAUGGGGGAAAUUAUACACAGAUAAAAAAUUAGUUGAUGUUGUUCAACAAAUGUUAAAAGAACGUUCUGAAGAAAUUAAUAAUCAUGCUCAAAGUUUAAGAGGUGCUCAACAAGAAACUUCAUUUUUAUAUACUUUAGAUGAAUUUGAGAAACAAUUGUAUAAAAUAUCACAUGAAAGUCAUAAAAAUUUGAAGAAAUGGCUACAAAAUGAAUCAUCAUGA